AUGGAAGGCUCUUGGGUCUGUGCCGAGAUCGAGCGGCAGCUCAAAGGCUCCGUUGUCUUUACCGAGAAAGAAGUCUUGACUGGCAGAUGGGAUGAGCCUGAUUGCGAGGAAAACCCGAGAAACUGGAGUACAAUGAAGAAGAUCUUCCACGUGGCUCCAGUGGCACUGCUAUGUCUCAGCGUCACUGCCGGAAGCUCAAUGAUCACCCCCGGCAUCUUUCAGAUUGAGGAGAAAUUCCACGUAUCCGAGACGGUCGCCUUGUUGAGCUUGUCCAUGUACGUGCUGGGCCUGGCAUUAGGACCUCUGAUCGCCGCCCCCCUCUCCGAAACCUGGGGUAGGAUCAUUGUCUACCGGACGACGAUGCCCAUCUACAUUCUCUUCAUCCUUGGCGCCGGUUACACGAACUCCUUCGCGGGAUUGAUUAUCUGUCGACUAUUCGCUGCACUGGCCGGCGCCCCGUGUCUUGCCGUUGGAGCGGGUACAGUCGCAGAUCUAUUCGCGCCUCACAGAAUGGGCACGGCCGGAGCGUUUAUCGUGAUGGCACCGUUCCUCGGUCCUUGCAUUGGACCUGUCAUUGGCGGCUUUGCAGCCAGCUUCGAGAGCUACCGUUGGACCCAAUGGUGCACCAUCUUCCUCGCCUUGUUGGCGUACGCCACCGUGCUUCCGACCCACGAGACACACCGUCUGGUAUUGCUGAAGAAGCGUGCGAAAGAACUGGACCUGCCUCCUCCGGUUCCAAAAAUCCCGACUAAAGAGGCCAUUCACCUACUGUUGACUAUCACGAUCUUCCGCCCCGUCUGCAUGCUCUUCUACGAGCCCAUCGUCCUACUCUUCUCCCUCUACAACGCCUUUACCUUUAGCAUCCUCUUCGCCUUCUUCGAGGCCUUCCCCUACGUCUUCAUGGGCGUCUAUCACUUCAACAUCUGGCAGUAUGGCUUGACCUUUCUCGCAAUCGGCGGAGGCGUCCUUCUCGGCGUCGUGGUCGCCAUCAUCAUCGACCAGACCGUGUACCAGAAGAAGGUCGAGUAUGACGAUGCCGGCGAAGUGAUUCCCCAAGCGCCUGAACGCAGAUUAUUCGUCGCCAUCAUCGGCGCCGUCUGCCUACCAGUUGGGUGAGUCUUCCCUUACACCCUAGCCGUCAACAGUCAAACGACUAACACCCUCACAGCCUCGCCUGGUUCGCCCUAACCGCCAAACCC